AGAGAGAGAAAGAGAGAGAGGGAAGAAUAACACAUUUCCAUUCACUCCAGCCGGCAAUAACAUUUUCAGCAGCAGCAGGCGGCAGCAAACAUUUUCCCCACGAAAAAUUAUUUUAAAAAGGAAUUGAAUGUCCAUUAAAACCGCCUCUUUAGCCUUUUUUGUACGUAGUUUUGUAAAAAGUGGUAAUCAACAGUACUUCAAGACACGCGCGAUGGCAACACUUCAGGAUGUAGUCGGAAAGCUAAAUGAGUUCGCACCGGAAAAUCUGGCGGAAAAAUGGGACAAUGUUGGUUUGCUUGUGGAACCGCGAAACAGCGGAAGUCCCAUUACCAACAUACUCUUGACGAUCGAUCUGACGGAAGCGGUGGUGAAGGAGGCUCAGGAAAAGAAUGCCCAGAUGAUCAUUUCCUACCAUCCACCAAUAUUCGCCCCGCUUAAACGACUAACGCAAGCAGCGUGGAAGGAACGUAUCGUUAUCGAUUGCAUUCGGAACGAUAUUGCCAUCUAUUCGCCCCACACGAGCUGGGAUAAUGUGAGCAAUGGCGUAAACGAUUGGCUGGCGGCAUCACUUCCCCACGCUAGCUCUCGACCGAUUCUCGAAAACCCGAUCAAUGCGGCUUACGGAGCUGGCAGGCUGUGUGAAGUUAAGGGUGAUCCCAUCCCGGAACGGGAUGCUGCCCAACUCAUCACCAAGCACACACAGAUGGACUGUGCCAUGGUUAGCUUUGCACCGAGUGUGGCAGGAAAUCGCACGAUUCGGACGUAUGCCGUUUGUGCUGGGUCGGGAGCGAGUGUGUUGAAAGGGGUAAAGGCUGAUAUGUACAUUACGGGUGAAAUGUCACACCACGAAGUACUGGAGGCAACGAGCAAUGGGACGUGCGUGGUGUUGCUUGGCCAUAGCAACUCGGAGCGUGGCUAUUUGGCUGUUUUCAAAGACAUUUUAAGCAAACGUCUGACGGACGGUGUGAUGGUACACGUGUCCGAAAAGGAUCGAGAUCCAAUGAAGCUGGUGUUGAAUGAAACCUCGAGCUAAAUGGGGCUACAAAAUGUUUAACAUGAUGCAGGAUGCAUUGUAAUAAAAAAUUGCCUGCAUUUCGCGGUUGCGGAGAAGAAAAAGAAUUCAAACGCAUCCAUUAUUUCGGAGCUUUCUAUGAGCCUUAUAACUUCUAACGCGCUAUGAUUGUAGUUGCAUUUAAUGUGAAAUCGCAGAACGGACUAAAUAAGUUACUAAUAAAGUUAAACGACUUACGCGCACGUUC